AUGUUUAACGAAAUAGAAGGAGACUAUGAAGAUGUGGUCAUUAGUACUUUCAAGGCUGGCCUCCUAGUCGAGCAUGAUUUGAGGAAAUCUCUAACUGGUAAGCCUAUUACCAGUGUGCGUCAACUUAUGGAUCGGAUUGACAAAUACAAAAGAGUAGAAGAAAACCAACUGCAGGGGAAAGGAAAGGCCAAGGUGAUCCUCCAGGAGAGGAGAGAUUUCAGGUCGGACUGUUUCAAUAAUAAUCGACCUCGGAAAGACUUUGUUGGGCAGCCAGGAUCUACCAACACCCAGGUGAUUAAUGCUGUGUUUCGAGAACCAGUACAACAGGUGUUGGAGAAGAUUAAAAACGAGUCAUUCUUUAAAUGGCCGAACAAGAUGGUAGGAGAUCCUAUGAGGUGUAAUCAAAACCUUUACUGCCAGUAUCAUCAAGACCAUGGACACACUACCGAGAAUUGCAGAAACUUGUGA